AUGACUCCAUUAAUUUUCCAGCGUGCUGACCCUUUCGAUGCUUCUCAAAUACCGGACUCGGUUGCUGCAAAGAUCGGAAUUGCUCCUCCUCCGCCGGGGGUGACUCCCAACUUUGUGAAUCCGGCCAAUACACGGCCUCUCCUUUUGUCAUUUUGCGGUAUCGGUUUCGCCAUGAUAGCAUUAUGUGUUAUCAUAAGGAUAUGGGUCACUUUUAAACUAUCACGUCCCAUAAAAUGGGCUUGGAGCGAUGUUGGGUUCACCCUCGCUAUUCUUGCAACAAUGGCCUCGUAUAUAAUUCUCACGCUUGCGUCGACGGGUUUUGGCCAAUUUGGUAUUCACUCAUGGAAUGUCUCAGUGUACAAGAUUUUGUCAUUUCGCAGUCGUGCCGUAAAUGCUAGUAGCGCAUUGGUACCUGCUAUAUCAUCAUGCCUUAUCAAAAUCACUAUCUUCUUAAUGUAUCUUGAGCUCUUUGCUACUCUAAAAACAAUAAGAAUAUUGUGCUUUAUUGGCAUAGGAGUCACUGCAAUCUUUUACAUAAUUAUCAUCACCCUCAACGCACUUUGGUCCUUUCCACUUUCAAUUUAUUUCAUCGUGGAUAAUGUUAUUAAAGGGCAAUCACUUAACUUACCAAAAGGCAUUUUUGGUCUAGUGAUUGAUCUUUAUCUUUUUCUCAUACCGCUGGUGGCAGUAAGCACCUUGAAAACCGCGACUAUACGGAAGAAACUAGGUAUCUUGCUUGUCUUCAGCACUGGGGGUUUGGCCAUUUUAUCCGCGACCUUCAGCGUCUAUUGGCGCGUUUAUCUUCAACUGCAUAGCGACCGUAUGUGGUAUCUUACACCUCUAUGGAUUGUCUACAUCACCGAACACACUUUUGGUCUUAUUAUUGCAAACACAACACAUUUCGCAAGAUUCUUCCGGUGCUACGGGUCAGUAAUCGAAUAUUAUUUGUGCUGCCGAUUUGCAAAAAAAGGGGAGCAAUUUGAGAAAUCUGAGAAGAGAAGUGAGGAAUCCAAGAAAAGCGAACCAGUGGAAGUUAAAACCACUAUAAAAUUAUAUCCGGGUCUCGAUGUCACAACGGUAAGAGGAACAACGGGAGGGACCAUGCUUAGCAUUCAAGAUGAGCAGACUAAAAAUGAACAAGCAUCAACAAAUCCGCACCCGGCUGGUGGAUACUCAGCGGGAACUCACUGGGCAGAGCGACAAAGAGAUAUACAGGAGAGAUUUUGUGAUGAGUAG